AUGGAAGAAGAUUUUGAAAACGUUUAUUCAGAGGAAGAUGUUAAACAAAUAACUUAGAGCUUAAAUAAAGAUCUGCAGGAUUAAAAACAAAUUAUUCAAAAAUUGCAAAUGGAUAAUACUGAAUUGAAGAAAGAAAUUGAUUAGCUAAAAGAAUAAUUGAAAUAAAAAUAAUAAAUUAUAUAUGAUAAUUCUAAAAACCUAGUGAAAUUUGAAUUAGAAAGAUCUAAAGCCAUAGAAGAAAACCAUAUCAUGAAGAAACUUCUGGAAGAAAAGGAUUUAGUUCGUGUUUUAGACUUAUUUUCUUGGAAGUCAUUUGAAGAUGGAUAAGCAAAAAUUUUAGAGUAGGCAAAAUAAAUAGAAAUUUUAAGCUCAAAACUAAGAAAUAGCGAUUAAAUUGAUAAAAGCAAUUCUUAAGGCAUACUAUAGUAUAAAAUAUUUAAUUAGGAGAAUGAAAAAGAAAUACUUGAGAGCCAAAUCAAUUAGCUAAAUAAUGAAAUAAAAUAAAAAAAUUAAUAAUAAUUAGAAAGAGAUUACUUUUAUGAGGUUAUCUCUAACCAUUUAGGAACUUUUGAUAAUAAAGAUGAUUAAUAGUAUAAAUAAAAAGCAAAGGAAUACAUACAUUACUGUUUUGAUGCAUUAAAAGAUAUUAUAAAUUAAUUAAAAAUUAAUGUAAAAUUAAGUUUUUCAGAGUCUGUUUCUGUUUGA